GUAUAGUCCCAUGUCAAAGUUGACGUGCAUCUCUUUCUUUGUUGCUUGCUCUAGCAAGUCCAAAGGGAAAUUGAUAGAGUACAAUCGUUUUCAAGAAAAAUAAUAAACACAUUCAACCAUAUCUGUAAGAGGAUUCAGUCUACUCAACAGCUUCAAGCUCUACAGGGGCAGUAGCCGGGCAUCAACCACCAUCACAGUCCUCACCCUCACUACACAGAGGGACCAAGACAGAGGGUCAUGGCUCAUAUGGUUGUCAGUCAUGAGCCCAUGGCACUGCAAGAGCCCGCCAACAUAGCGAAAGCUCCAGCAAAAAAGCGAGGGAGAACGGCACAACCAAAGGAACCCAAGCCACCCAAAAUGCCCAAGGCCAAACCGGGACCCAAGGCCAAACCGGGACCCAAGGCCAAACCAGGACCCAAGGCCAAACCGGGACCCAAGCCCAAGAAAGGCAAGGAGGGUCAAGAGGCAGACGGCACGCAGGAGAAAAUAGACAAGACCUUCAAGAAGGUCAAGAAGAAAAGGGACCGCUUCAAAGGCAUGACUGAGGAUGAGGUCAUGAGUAGAACUCUGACCGACAUCCUUGACUACAACCUGGACUAUGUUAUCAUUGGAAUCAACCCAGGUCUCGUGGCAGCCUAUGUUGGACGAUGGUUCCCUGGCCAUGGAAACCAUUUCUGGAAGUGCCUGUUCUUGUCCGGAUUCACUGAUGAGCAGCUUAACCACAUGAGCGACACCAGCCUGCCAGAGAAAUAUAAGAUCGGCUUCACCAACAUGGUGGCAAGGACAACGCCUGGAAGCAAGGACCUGUCAACCAAAGAGCUACGCGAGGGCGCCUUAAUUCUUGCUGAGAAGCUGAAAAAGUACAAGCCCCUCAUAGCUGUUUUCAAUGGAAAAUGUAUCUAUGAAAUGUUCUGCAGAGAGAUGUUUGGUAAAAAGCCCAAGAAGCUUGACUUUGGUCUGCAGCCACACAAGAUACCGGACUGUGAAGUGGCAUUGUAUCUGAUGCCCUCGUCGAGUGCCCGCUGCGCCCAGUUCCCCCGUGCCCAGGACAAAGUGCACUUCUACAUCAAGCUGAGGGAAUUGAGGGACCAGCUCAGGGGCGUGGCCCGAUCUGAGGAGAUUCAGGAGUUGGAGUACAGCUUUGACCUGGGACUGGCCAAAGAGGACGCUAAGAGGAUGGCGAUCAAGGAAGAGGCGUACGACCCAGGCUACGAGGCCGCCUUCGGCGGAGCAUAUGGAGAGGGUGGGCCCGAGCCUGAGGAGGGCCAGAGCAACGGUCACUAACUUCUCGUUGGCUGGAAACACAGACGCUGCCGAGAAGGCAAACACUUACCAACCUCCUACGGCUGCCACCACCACAGAAGGACAACUCCCAGACAGACAGUGGAUGAGGCAGUCUUUCACUGAUCAGAUUAGACAUGGGUGGCUCUAAAGAACCACAGGCAUGGGUGGGCAACGUAUAAGAAAGGGUAAAUGGCUCCUAACGAGCCCUAUCUAUUCGUGCACAGACCUCAAAGCCGCACAUCCUUUACCCUCCCUUCAACAAGAAGCUGCACCUCUGUUUGAAGACAGAAAUGAUAGUUUUUAGUGUUUUGUAUUUUUAUUUUUUUUGCCAUUUUUGGAAUAUACACUUGACUAGUUGAUAGAUGGAAUUGUCUAAAUUUAUAAUUUAAAAAAACAAAUCUGGUUUUGUUAUAGUGUGUGUGUGUGUUUGAUUGCCCACAAGGCAGUCCUUUUUAAAUAUGUGAAAUCAGGGACUUGACACAUUGUUUUAAUACCGUACUUUGCCACAGGCGGGCACAGUAGGUGUAAGCAAAGCAUGCAUACUGUAUUGGUUACUGCUCUGACAGUACAAAUGGUUCUAAAUCAUGCUUUUACACACGUGUCAGAGAGUCCCAAAUAAACAUGUGACAAAACACAUUACAGUAAGAUGACACUGUAAGUGCUGCAUUGUGAAGUUUAAGAUGAGCUAGUACUCUACUUUUAUAAGUUCUGUACCUUGAGGAGAAUGAACUAGACACAAGGUCAAAAAGUGAUUCCACUGAGGGAUGUUUUAGUAAUGUCUUUACAAGCCUUUUAUCAUGGAGUUGCAAUACACAAGAUGGAUGCUAUAUAUUUUUUAUUUUACUUUCUUAUGUUUAGUAUGUUUCUGAAAAUGUUGUUUAUAAAAUUAUGGGGAUUUUCUAUUUUACUUGGCAUUUUUUGUUUUGUUUUUACUUUGCAGCCUUAAAAGAAACAUCAGGUAGCGGUGUUGGUAAUAUUGUUUUUAUACGAGUUCUAAAGGUGUGUUUGUUGAAAACCUUGCCUCUAGCCUUCGUUCUGUUAGCAUACCAAGAAAUUGUCUUCUAUUGCAUCCUGAGUGACUAAACGCUGGGACGUGUUCAUAAAAAAUAAAAUAAAAACCUUUUUCAAUUAUUUGAAACGGAUACAAAAACUGAGUUUCGGACUUCUGUUUCAACCAGUUUUUUCCCAUUUGGUGCCUAAUGAACACGACCCUGUUCUUUCUUAAAAUCGUUUCAUGCUGUACAUUACAAUAUACUCUUUGCACACGUUCUUACUUCUGAGAUACUACUCAUGAACCCUCUGGGCAAAUGUAUGGAUGCACGCUGAGAAGUGUUGUCAUAGUACCUUUUUUUAUGUGUACAGUUCAUUUGGAAAGUAUUUGGACCCCUUCACUUUUCCCACAUUUUGUUACAUUACUGCCUUAUUCUAAAAUGGAUUAAAUAAAUGUUUUUCCUCAUCAAUCUACACACAACACCCCAUAAUGAUGAAGAAAAACUGUUUUUUAUAAACAGAAUUACCUUAUUUACUUAAGUAUUCAGACUAUUGAUUGGAGUCCACCUUUUGUAAAUUCAAUUGAUUGGAAAGGCACACACCUGUCUAUAUAAGGUCCCACAGUUGACAGUGAAUGUCAGAGCAAAAACCAAGCCAUGAGGUCAAAGUCCGUAGAUCUCCGAGACGGGAUUGUGUCAAGGCACAGAUCUGGGGAUGGGUACCAAAACAUUUCUGCAGCAUUGAAGGUCCCCAAGAACACAGUGGCCUCCAUAAUUCUUAAAUGGAAGAAGUUUGAAACCACCAAGACUCUUCCUAGAGCUGGCCGCCCAGCCAAACUGGGAAAUCGGGGGAGAAGGGCCUUGGUCAGGGAGGUGACCAUGAACCCAAGAGUUUCUCUGUGGAGAUGGGAGAACCUUCCAGAAGGACAACCAUCUCUGCAGCACUCCACCAAUCAGGCCUUUAUGUUAGAGGGGCCAGACAGAAGCCAUUCCUCAGUAAAAGGCACAUGACAGCCCACGUGGAGUUUGCCAAAAGGCACCUAAAGAUCCUUAAUGAAAACCUGCUCCAGAGCGCUCAGGACCUCAGCUUGGGUCGAAGAUUCACCUUCCAACAGGACAACGACCCUAUGCACACAGCCAAGACAACGCAGGAGUGGCUUUGGGACAAGUCUCUGAAUGUCCUUGAGUGGCCCAGCCAGAGGCCGGACUUGAACCCAAUCGAACAUCGAGGCCGGACUUGAACCCAAUCGAACACCUCUGGAGAGAUUGAAAAUAGCUGUGCAGAGACGCUCCCCAUUCAACCUGACAGCUUGAGAGGAUCUGCAGAGAAGAAUGGCAGAAACUCCCCAAAUACAGGCGUGCCAAGCUUGUAGUGUCAUACCCAAAAAGACUUGAGGCUGUAAUCGCUGCCAAAGGUGCUUCAACAAAGUACUUAGUAAAGGGUCUAUAUUUAUUUAUUUGCCAACAUUUCUUAACCAGUUUUUGCUUUGUCAUUAUGGGCUAUUGUGUGUAGAUUGAUGAGACAAAAACUAUUUAAUCCAUUUUAGAAUAAGGCUUUAACGUAACAAUGUGGAAAAGUUCAAUGGAUCCGAAUGCUUCCCAAAUGCACCUGUCGAUGUAACAGUAUGUCAGAAGUUGUAAUACUUAAGCAUUAGUCUUUACACCAGUGGUGAAGUUACAGCAGCAUUCCAUGUCACAAGUCCCAAGUUGCCUACCGUGAGCUAGAUCAGCGUUUAAAUGGCUACAAGCUCACCUUUUGAGGUUUUGUAUUGCUUUAUUUUUUUGUGACCAAUGUGAAUUUAAAUAAAAAUAAUAAUUUUGCCAAUUGUAAUUAAAUGUAAAUGUAAUUAAAUUCGUCACUUCCUGUACAUGUUAUCCUUGUAAAGAGACUAAAUAAUAAUAGACCUAGGCUGGGAUUCAGUCAGAAUCCAAGCUAUAGUGGCUUGACAUUUUAUAGGAAAUUUCUCAAAUGAAUCUGACAUCUGCAGCAUUUACCUUGAAUGCGAUCUCAUGUUAAAGUGGUAUUAUGUUUAUAUUUUUUUCAAAUGAAUUGAUUGUGAAGCUGAUGUCUCAGACCAAUAAAUAUUCAACCUCUCAA